AUGUCUCGGGGAAGCGGCUGGGAGAAAGCUCAGUGGGACGAGUGGGCCCACUGGCAGGAAAAGCCGGAGGAGCCCAGUGGCAAAGGUGACAAGUCCAAGCCGGACUACUGGGUGGAGCCAGAAGAACCCCGCGGCAGCCGUGAUGGCAGCAAGUCGAAGCGGAAGAAAGACUGGCAGGAAGACUGGCAGGAAGACUGCCGACAUUGGUCCAAAAGCCAGAGCUAUAGGGAGCAAAUCCGAGCCCCGCUUCUAGCGCAAGUAAAGCGCAUGCAAAAAGAAAUGGACAACCUGGUGGACAGGGCGACGGAUGCGGAGCAGAAGUCCUUGCAGGCCUACACGAUGCUGAGCGCUCUGUCGUCGGGCGUUGAGGACCAGACAAAGCUCAAGGACCAGAUGGCGUCUCUAAGGCAGAAGAACAAAGAGCUGGAGGAGGCUGCAGCAGCGGCCCAGCAGAAGAUGAAGCAGUCUCAGGACCUCGCCGGGCACCAGGCGGUUGGUCUGGCGGCAGCCGCCAAGCAGGACAAGGUUUCCGACGAGAGGAUCGCGGAGCUCCAAGGAGACAAGAAGCUUCUGCAAGAGGAGAAGGCAAAGCUGGAGGCAGCUUUGCAGACUGCAACCCAGGAGUCGACCAAGCAGAGGGCCGAGGAUAUUCGGAACGCCACUUUCUUGCGGACGGGCCUCAAGGACGAAGCACGGAUGUCGUGCCGCAUUCUCCGGGAAAGUCUGGACAAAAGCCAAGAGUCGGAGAAGAAACACAAAGCUCUACUGUCGGCUUUGGAGAAGGACAUUCAAGUCAAGCUCGGCAAGGAGGACAGAGCCAAGGCGACAAUCAAGCAACUUCAAUCGGAGCUCGCCGAAACGAAGAAGGCGGAAGCCGACGCCGAGGCAACCACGAAGCAUCUGAGAUCGGAGCUCCUCGCCGCGACCACCCGAAGUGUAGAGCUCCUGAUGGAGGAGGAGACCAUGAGCAAGAAGCUGCUCGAGCAAGGUUCGGAGUACAUGAAGAUGGAGAGUCAGGACGCACUCCGAUCUGAGAUGAAGAUGCUACAGGAAAUGUUCGCCAUGAAAAUCUCCCAGCGGACCGCGGCACCCAAGGAAGGAAAGCCCGACGACCAGGUGAUCAAUGUUAAGGAGGACACAGAUCUGCUGGCAGUUUGCAU